CAACACAAACGCACACGCACGUAUGCACAGGAGCACCUCAAAAUUAACCUACCAAGCUACCAGCGCCAGCGAGCUUAAUCGAUCAAGCGACAAUGAGGGAACUGAUUCGCCGGCUGAGCUUCUCGGACCGGGUGAGCGACGGCAGCGGCGGCGUGCCGCGCGGCUGCGUGCCGGUGCUGGUGUUGGGCGACGGCGUCGAUGACGAGGCCGAGAGAUUCGUGGUGCGGGUGGAGGCGCUGCGGCACCCGUCGUUGGCGGCGCUGCUGGAGAUGGCCGCGCAGGAGUUCGGGUACAAGCAGGAGGGCAUCCUCCGCGUCCCCUGCGCCGUCCACCAGUUCAAGCACGCGCUUUCCACCGCCGGCGCCGUCUCCUCCAAGAACUACUGACUAAUUAGGUCUCUAACAGAUCAUUAGGCGAUGUGUCGACUACGACGGGUAAUUAAGGGGUGAAAUCUUUGGUGCUGUUCAGUAGUUAACUCUCUCUUGACCUUAUGCAUCUUUUGCUCUCUCUUUUCCUUUUGUUUUUUUCUAAAUGUGCAUGAUUGACAUUAGACGGUUGCAUGUGUACUUGCACCAUUGCAAUGCAAGGUUAGAGUCGUUAGACCUCCUGUCAGAUAUACCAAAUGAAAUACAGUAAUAUAUUCUUCAGUC